UUCAAGCGGACAACAGGUGAUCGCGAGCGUUCCGUUCCGCGGCAAAGUUGAAAAUCGCGUAAAAGCCAAAGCGAGUAAAGUCGCUCCAAAAACGCGCACUUCGUCUUGGGCAAUCUGCGGUGCUUUUGGUGCUGCUGCAAUCGCGAGUGAGAGGGCGAUACAUAUCGCCAGUGAGAGUGCGAGGGAGAAGGAGCAAAGCGCCUGCCCACGGCAAUAAAGUUCGACUUGGUUUUUGUUUUAAUAUGUGAUGCCAAUACACAAUUCGACAAUCGAGAAAACGUGUUUACACUUAAUUUUGCUAACGUGAUUCAAAGAAAAGUAUAAAAAUGCGCCUCCAGGCAGCGGAAAUGGGAUCUAUUUCAGUGCUGAUCUUAGUCACCGCUUGUUUAUUCUACCAAACAUCGGCUCAGGGGCUCUAUUCCAUUAUUGCCCCGAAUACGUUGCGUCCGAACUCGCAAUUUCAUGUGGCCGUAAGCCUACACAAUGCCCCUGAAUCGGCCACAUUCAAGGUGGGGAUCCUGGGAAGCGCUUACACGGACUUUAAGACCGUGGAGUUGCGACCCUUCUCCACACAAUUACUGCACUUUGAGAUUCCCGCCCUAAAAGCUGACAGAUAUCGUCUGACCUCUGAAGGUCUGGGCGGAGUUCAGUUUACCAACGAGACCCAGCUGCACUACGAGUCCAAACAACAUACGGUUUUGGUUCAGACGGACAAAAGUAUCUACAAGCCGGGCGAUCUGGUCCACUAUCGAGUGCUCAUUUUGGAUGCUAAUCUGAAACCCGCUCGCGGCUAUGGACGUGUCCAUGUGGAUAUCAAGGAUUCGGGUGAUAAUAUUAUACGGAGCUACAAGGACAUUCGGCUGACCAACUCGAUUUACUCGAAUGAACUUCGAUUGUCGGACUAUCCUCGUUUUGGGACCUGGUCUAUUGUGGUGGAAGUAGCGGAAAUAACCCAUACACAGACCUUCGAGAUACUCGAUCAUAUCCUUCCCAAAUUCGUGGUAGAUAUAGAUACUCCCAAGCAUGCUAUUUAUAAGGAUGGCAAAAUAUCAGCCACUGUGAGGGCCCAUUAUGCAUUUGGUCAGCCAAUUGUGGGUGAGGCCACCCUGUCCAUAUAUCCCACUUUCUUUGGCUCGCUGCAACCUUUUGUUAAUGAUCUCAUCACCCGAAAAGUUGUCCCCAUCGAUGGCAAUGCCUACUUUGAGUUUGACAUCGAGAAUGAGCUUCAUCUGAAGCAGGAUUAUGAGAGGCAGUAUCUUUUGGAUGCCCUGGUUGAGGAGAAGUCCACGGGUUCAGUGCAAAACUAUUCAACAGUUUUGACGUUGCACCUGAAUCACUAUCGCGUGGAGACUGUCAAAGUGCCCAGUUACUAUAUUCCCGGAGUGCCUUUCGAAGCAACAGCUCGUAUAGCUCGCAAUGAUGACGCUCAAUUGAGGGACUUCAAUCCAUCGAUCACCGCCUAUUUGACAAAUGUUUAUGGCAGCAGUGAGAUAUACAACCGCACUGUCUACAGCUUGGAUGCCAGCGGCGAAAUAAAGAUGAAGUUCACGGUUCCCACUGGAGAUCAAGAUGAAUUUCAUUCCAUUAUUGUCGACUACCAGGGUGUGAUUAGUGAGGUGGGAAAGAUACCGCGAAAGCAUCUGCACACCAAAAACUAUAUUACUGCCAAAGUGCUGAACGAUAGACCCACUGUAAAUCAGGAAAUAUCUGUGGUGGUGCGCUCUUUUGAGCCAAUUAAAUAUUUCAUGUAUCAAGUGGUCGGACGUGGCGAUAUAAUUCUUUCUCGCAGUGUGGAUGUGACCGCUGGCACUUUCCACACCAUCAAAUUCCUGGCACCAUUUGCCAUGAUGCCGAGGGCUAAGCUGCUCGUUUAUACGGUGAUAAAUGGCGAGUUUGUUUACGAUGAGCAGGUCAUACAGUUUGAGGAAAAUCUGCUAAAUGCGGUACAAAUUGAGGCUCCAAUCAGAGCACCUCCCGGCCAAGAUAUAGAUAUAGGUAUUAGCACCAAGCCCUACUCCUAUGUGGGUCUCAUGCUAGUGGAUCAAAAUGCGAAUGCUUUGAGGAGUGGUCACGAUUUAACCCACAAACGACUGAUGGAUGCCCUGCGUUCAUACGAACUAAGCGAUGUCAACACCCCGACGGGAUCGCCUGGCAAAGAAUCCGGUGUGAUAACCAUGUCCAAUACGGACUACUUUGUCGAAAAGGAGGCUGAGAGCAGUCCGGCCUUGGGUCGAGAUGCAUCCACUGGGCCCGAGGAGGACAAGCUGACAACUGUGCGAAAAACAGACAUUGGACCAGCCCACAAGAUCGAGGUUAACACCCUGCCUCCUGGCAAAGGACGAUAUGCCUUCUCCUACACACCCAAGCCUUUCUGGCACAAUCCAAGGAUCCAUGUGAUGCGCGAGCCGGCGGAUACGUGGCUUUUCUUGAACAUCUCCGCUGGCAGCGAUGGAAGGAACUUUAUCCACCGGAGGAUUCCCAGUGAGAUGACCUCCUGGGUAGUUUCAGGCUUUUCUCUGGAUCCUGUUAAUGGUCUGGGAUUAUCGCCGGCAAAUGGCAAAAUGGAGGCCUACAAAGAAUUCUACAUAACCACGGAGCUUCCUUAUUCCAUCAGAAGGGAUGAACUCAUCGCCCUUCCAUUUGUGGUGCACAACAACAGGGAUAGCGAUUUAAGCGUGGAGGUUACUUUUUACAACUCAGCUCUAGACUUCGAUUUCCCCCAGAUAGAUCCCAAGGCCACUAAUCAACCAAAAAUUGAGCUCUACAGGCGUAGAUCCUUGAAGGUUCCAGCCAGAUCCGCCCGCUCGAUAUCCUUUAUCGUGACUCCCAAGCGAGUGGGUUCCCUUUUGGUCAAGGCAAUGGCCGCCUCCUCCCAGGCUGGCGAUACAGUGGAGCAAAAUCUUCUGGUGGAGCAUCCUGGAGCCACGGAGCGGGUCAACAAGGGUUUCUUGCUUCAUCAGAACUCAGAGAGGAAUAGGAGGAAUGUUACCAUUGCUGUGCCACGAAAUGCCAUUCCCGAAUCCACACGAAUCGAAGUAUCGGCCGUUGGCGAUCUGAUUGGCAGCAUAGUGGGCAAUCUGGAUAACCUGAUCCUGCUGCCAACGGGCUGCGGUGAACAGACCAUGGUUAACUUUGUGCCCAACCUGAUGGUUCUUAGUUACUUGGGGCGCCUUCGGCAACUCACACCCGAAGUGGAGCUGCGUGCCACAAAUAAUCUGGCAGUGGGCUAUCAAAGAAUUCUUUAUUAUCGCCAUGAGAAUGGCGCUUUCAGUGCCUUUGGCUUGGAUGCCAAGCGCAGUUCCACCUGGUUGACGGCCUAUGUGGCUCGAUCUCUGCGACAGGCGGCUCCCUUCACCCAAGUGGAUGGGAAUAUUCUGCAGAAGGCACUCUCAUAUCUGGGAAGUGUUCAGUCGGCAAAUGGUGGCUUUGAGGAGCGUGGCGAUGUCCUUGAGCGGUUCGGCGACGAUGGGAUCAGUCUGACUGCCUUUGUGACCUUGGCUUUGAUGGAAAAUGUCGAUCUCUAUCCGGAGUACCGAAACAACAUCAACAAAGCCCUGGACUUUAUCACUAGGGGCUUGGAUGGAUCCAAUAAUCUUCAUGCCAUGGCCAUAGGCACCUAUGUGCUCUCUCGAGCCAAUCACAAUGCCAAGGCGGCUUUCCUUCAGCGAUUGGACUCGAUGGCUACCAACAAGGAUGGUCGCAAGUGGUGGAAUAAGACGGCUCCAGCUGGUGAACAGCAGUCACCCUGGUACAAUGCCACCCGUAGUGUGAACAUCGAGAUCUCCGCCUAUGCAGCAUUGGCUCUAAUGGAAAACAACUUGGUGCGCGAUGCUUUGCCCGUUCUGGAAUGGCUUAUGGAUCAGCGGAAUUCCAGGGGAGGCUUUGUGGCCUCCCAGGAUACGGUAGUGGGCCUCCAGGCGCUCUUCAUGUUUGCCGAACGCUUUUCGAGUAAGGAAACUAACUAUCAAAUCGGUUUUCAUUACGGAGAAGGCGCCGAAACGAUCAUAAAUGUGAAUGCUGAAAACGCACUGGCCCUGCAAUCGGUGGAGCUACCCAAUAAUCUGAAAAACCUUAGCGUUUCGGCUACUGGUGCUGGCCUGGCCUUUGCCCAAGUUAGCUAUACCUAUAACACGAAUGUGACCAGUGCUUGGCCGCGUUUUGUGCUCGAUCCCACCGUGAAUCGGAACUCCCAUGCGGACUACCUCCAUCUGUCGGCCUGUGCGAGUUUCGUUUCGGUGGCAGGAGAGGAUGAGCAGCGCUCCAAUAUGGCCGUGAUGGAGGUGCAACUGCCCAGUGGCUUUGUCGUGGACCGGGACACACUGCCCACCUUGGAAUCGAGUGAGCGCAUCAAGAAGGUGGAGACCCAGAACAGGAACACCAAGGUGGUUAUCUACUUUGAUUACCUGGACAGGAGGGAGGUCUGUCCCACGCUGCACGCCUACAAGACGGUCAAGGUCACCAAACAUCGACCAGUGGCCGUGGUCAUGUAUGACUACUAUGAUAGCGCUCGUCGUGCCAGGCAGUUUUACAGGGCGCCCAAGUCCAAUAUCUGCGACAUUUGCGAGCACGCCAAUUGCGGUGACCUCUGCGAAAAGGCCGAGAAACGCGAGUCCAAGCGACCUGAUGACUACACGGCGAUAGCAGGUCGCGGUUCAAGUCCGGAGCUCAAAGCCAUUCCACUUUUAUCGGUAGUCGCGGCUCUGUUGGUCCUCUUGAAGAGCCUCAGCUGUUAGACGAUGUUGUUAUUGCCACGGAAUGUGGAACCAACAAGGAAAUCGAAGCUUUAACAAACCCACUCACAUAGUCCCUAAGCUAGCCUAAUGUAUGCCGUGAACUAAACCUGAUCUAAGUACAUCUAACGAUGCUAAAGUGUUGCCAAUAAAAUGUUAUAACUUUUACUAAAACCUAAAAA